GUUUUGUCCACCACUUACUAAAAAUUCAAAGAAAUCCAAACAAAAGUGCUAUAAAUAUACCCCUUAUGAAACCAAUUCAAUCAAUCAAGGCUCAUAGAACGAACUCUCUCAUACACUUGAAUCUUCUUUAUAAAUUUUGCUUCUUUGGAUAAUUAACCAUGUCACAACAAGCAUUCAAUGCUGGCCAAACCAAGGGCCAAGCUCGCGAGAAGGCCGAGCAGUGGACUGAGUCUGCCAAGCAGACUGCACAAUCAGCACGUGAUAAGACUGCAGAGGUGGCACAAUCAGCACAUGACAAGGCAAUUGAUGUUACACAUUCGGCACAAAACAAGUCUGCUGAUAAAUCUCAUUCCACCAGAGAAUCCGCCCAACAUGGCCAAGAACAAACCACUGGUUUUCUCGGCCAGACAGGAGAAUCUGUGAAGAACAUGGCUCAAGGUGCUUUAGAUGGUGUUAAGAACAGUCUUGGCAUGAAUGAGAAGAAAUGAAUAUUUUACGUUUCAACUAUUAUAUUUAUUUACAUAUUUAAAUGUUAUUUCUGAUGUUUAGCAAUUUCUAUUUUCUCUAAAUUAUGUUUGUAAUAAUUAUUCUGUUUUUGAAAGAUUUUGUGAUCAUAAAAA